GCGGAGGCGGUGGUGGUGGCGGCCGCUAGCCAGUGUAAGAUGGCGGCGGCGUUGGUGGUGGCAGUGGACGGGGCGGCUGGGCCUGGAACAGUCGGAGCAGCCGCUGGCAGAAGGAUGACUCAACACGGGAAGCGGGCUGCUGAGUCUCGCCGGCUCCCGUGCUUGUAACUGCCCCAGCCGGACACCCCCCCCUUGACCUACCCGUCCUUCAGUGAAUCUGCAGACCUAUUUUCUCAGGACCUCAGCCUGGCCUUACUUCAGUGAUAAAAGGAGGAAAGGCUGGCUAGAGCAAACAUCAUUCAAGAUGUCCAGCAAAGGGAGCAGCACAGAUGGCAAAACAGAUUUAGCUAAUGGAAGCCUGUCUAGCAGUCCAGAGGAGAUGUCUGGAGCUGAAGAGGGGAGGGAGACAUCCUCAGGCAUUGAAGUGGAGGCCUCAGACCUGAGUUUGAGCUUGACCGGGGAUGAUGGUGGCCCCAACCGCACCAGCACAGAAAGUCGAGGCACAGACACAGAAAGCUCAGGUGAAGACAAGGACUCAGACAGCAUGGAGGACACUGGCCAUUACUCCAUCAAUGAUGAAAACCGAGUCCAUGACCACUCAGAGGAAGAGGAGGAGGAAGAAGAGGAGGAAGAAGAGCAGCCUCGACGCCAUGUACAGCGCAAACGGGCCAACCGUGACCAGGACUCAUCAGAUGAUGAGCGGGCCCUAGAGGACUGGGUGUCAUCCGAAACAUCAGCCCUACCCCGACCUCGCUGGCAAGCCCUUCCUGCCCUUCGGGAGCGUGAGCUGGGUUCAAGUGCACGCUUUGUAUAUGAGGCUUGUGGGGCAAGAGUCUUUGUGCAGCGUUUCCGCCUGCAGCAUGGGCUUGAAGGCCAUACUGGUUGUGUCAAUACCCUGCACUUUAACCAGCGCGGCACCUGGCUGGCCAGUGGCAGUGAUGACCUGAAGGUGGUGGUGUGGGAUUGGGUGCGGCGGCAGCCAGUACUGGACUUUGAGAGCGGCCACAAAAGUAAUGUCUUCCAGGCCAAGUUCCUUCCUAAUAGUGGUGAUUCUACUCUGGCUAUGUGUGCCCGUGAUGGGCAGGUUCGGGUAGCAGAACUCUCUGCCACACAGUGUUGUAAGAAUACAAAACGUGUGGCCCAGCACAAGGGAGCAUCCCAUAAGUUGGCCUUGGAACCAGACUCUCCUUGUACGUUCCUAUCUGCAGGUGAAGACGCAGUUGUCUUCACCAUAGACUUGAGACAAGACCGCCCAGCUUCGAAACUGGUGGUGACAAAAGAGAAAGAGAAGAAAGUGGGGCUGUAUACAAUCUAUGUGAAUCCUGCCAAUACCCACCAGUUUGCAGUGGGUGGGCGAGAUCAGUUUGUAAGGAUUUAUGACCAGAGGAAAAUUGAUGAGAAUGAGAACAAUGGAGUACUCAAGAAAUUCUGUCCUCAUCACCUGGUGAACAGUGAGUCCAAAGCAAACAUCACCUGUCUUGUGUACAGCCACGACGGCACAGAGCUCCUGGCCAGUUACAAUGAUGAAGACAUUUACCUCUUCAACUCCUCUCACAGUGAUGGGGCCCAGUAUGUUAAAAGAUAUAAGGGCCACAGAAAUAAUGCCACAGUAAAAGGCGUCAAUUUCUAUGGCCCCAAGAGUGAGUUUGUGGUGAGCGGUAGUGACUGCGGGCACAUCUUCCUCUGGGAGAAAUCAUCCUGCCAGAUCAUUCAGUUCAUGGAGGGGGACAAGGGAGGCGUGGUAAACUGUCUUGAGCCCCACCCUCACCUACCUGUUCUGGCAACCAGUGGCCUAGACCAUGAUGUGAAGAUCUGGGCACCCACAGCUGAAGCCUCCACUGAGCUGACGGGGUUAAAGGAUGUGAUUAAGAAGAACAAGCGGGAGCGGGAUGAAGAUAGCUUGCACCACACUGACCUGUUUGAUAGCCACAUGCUUUGGUUCCUCAUGCAUCACCUGAGACAGAGACGCCAUCACCGGCGCUGGCGAGAACCUGGGGUUGGGGCCACAGACGCGGACUCUGAUGAGUCUCCCAGCUCCUCAGACACAUCGGACGAGGAGGAGGGCCCUGACCGGGUGCAGUGCAUGCCAUCCUGAGGCCUCAUACCUAGGUGGGGUGGGCUGGGGCUACCAACCCGAUCCUGCCUGGGCAACCCUUUCCUCUCCCGGGCCCUUACAUUCAGCAGAAACGCACUUUGGACUUUUUGCUUUAGAUAAAAGAAAGACAUCCCAGGAGAAGGACAAACCAGAAGGGAAUGAACCAACAGAGAGUACCUAGGAGUGGGAGUUGAGCCCUGAAAUGAGGUUCCAUGGAAAGGUGCAUAGGACUCAGCAGAAAUGGCCUCUACUGAAAGCCUCUUUUUGAGGGGGAAGAGAGGAGCCUAUUUUGUUAACUGGUUUGGGAUAGGGAAUGGGGUUUCUUUUUCUUUAAUCUCCCUUGUUUCUUGGGCAGGGGGGUGGGGGGAACAACUGGCUAUUCAGUACCAAGGAGCAAGAGUGGGGACUAAAAGUGCCACUCUCUCUUUGGUUUAGGUUUUUGACCUUUUUUUCCUUUGUUUUUUUUAAAGUCUAUGACAGUUUCAUUGUUUUCCCCCCCAACAGCCCCAUCCCAGGAUCCAGUUUUUUCUGGGAAGUCCUUAGAGUCCCUAAACAUCCCACACUCUUCACUUUCCUUUCCAUCUCAUUCAUUCUCUGUACUUAUCACAGUGUUUUGCACUUGAUUAUGUAUCCUUCACUCUCUUCUCUUCAUCCCAUCACCCCCUAAAUAGGUUAGGUGAGUGAGGUUGGGGAGAAGUGGGAGGAGGGGCAGAGGUGGAGGAAGAAUAGGAAGGAUGUUACCUCUUCUAUUAUUUAAAAAAAAGUUGUUUUGUGGCAUCAAUCUCCCUGUCCCUAUCACUGUUAGAGGCCUAAUUUUAUAUCUAUAAAUAUAUUAAAAAGCAAGUCAAACUUGGAUGUAUCAAGGUAAAAUUGUCAAAGUUUAAAUACCUAUAUAUUCUCUAUGAAUGCAAUAAAGGGACUUAAAGGAAGACCGAGCAAGAGUAAUGAUGUGGAGGUGACACCUGGGGUCAGCUCACCCUCUGUGUAUGGCCAUUAAAUAUUGGGGUUUAUCCCUUAGGUUUUAGGAGGCUCAAGAAUGGAAGGAUCCUUAGUUCUUCCCUUCCCCACUUCCUUGCCUUGGUGUGGGAUUUGGGAAAAACAGGAAAUUUCUCUCAACUCUUUGCCUCAUAUCUCCUACCUCUCCUUAAGUCUUAUGGGGGUCCCCAGGAUGGCUCUUCUAACCUGAGGCUGGCCUGUCUUUAAAACUUGACUGAACUAUGACUUCAAGAAGGGUGCCGCCACUGCAGACUCUUGCUGGUACUGUUUAUGACAGAAGACACACACAUACACACACAGAGUCUCUUACCUUUAGCUGCUUUGAUUCUUUAAGCCAUCCACUCCACGCCAGCUCCCUUCCUAAUGGAAGAGUGAAGGGAAAGACUUCCUGGGUUUGACUUUAUACCAUAUAUCUUGGUAUUGAGGAACAAGUCAGUAAUCUAAGGAUUGAUUAUGGUGGCUGGAAUUUGGGCACUUGUCCUAUCACUGGUCACUGAGUAUGAAAGUCCCAGUUGAAUUCUUGCCCUUAGAUGCUUUUGCUGCUAUUUUUUUUUUUUUUUUUUUUGUCCUCAGUUCCCACAAGAUCCAAUCAGUAAUUCGGCAUCCUGGGACAGUCCGUUUCUACUAAACCAGGCCAGGAAGGAGGGGAAAAGAGAGGAUGGUAUUCUCAGACACUCCUUCCUCCUGCCCCUUUUCCUAGCAGCUCUCAGACCAGUGGUUAGCUGCUGCACUUCCUCCCUGAGGUAGAGAAUGUGUGGUGACUGAGUGAGUGGUCUGUGUUCCUAUUGCUAGUGGGGUGAUGGGGUGGGUUGAAAACCAUGCACUCUGGAAUUUGUUGUAUUUUCUCUCAGUAAAGCUUUUUUUUUUUCCUGA